CAUUUUGAAGAAUGUAGUCUUUAUUACCAUGAUUACGCAGUAAAUAGAAUAGUGAAGCUUUUUGUAAUGAAAUGGUACAGACGAUCAGCUCACUAUCAAUCACGAAAACACUCUUUUCAGAGCUGAACUGUUGCAGUAUCUUGGUACCCAGAAAAAGCAGCCUACUGAGCUCGUUUCCCAUAUUCUGCUUUAGCAAUGCUAGUUCAUUGUAAUUUAGUCCUUGAAGUGGAGAUAUGCUCUGAGUUAGAUUUGAGUGUUUCGUGCUUGGCUCAGUAAGAAUUUUGCCGCAGGAUAUAACUAAACUUCGGGAAUGGAUAGCGAUGGGGAUGGAGAAGGUUCGCGUACCAACGACCAAUCUGUCGCCAAGAAAAAGAAUCAAAAAUAUGAGUCUGACUCACUGGAAGCGCGCUACCAGCGUGUGCACAAGACCGAGCAGAUGGAUGCAAGGUUCUCGUUUCUUCCUCACAGAGACCCCACGGAACGACUCGGCUGGCUUAUAAACAUGCACUCGGGUGAGAUUCAAGAUGAAGACAAACAUCUGGUCAGUGUGGUCGACUACUACUUUGUGUGCGAAGAUGGCAGUCGCUUCAAGGCCAGCAUGCCGUUCAUGCCCUAUUUCUACAUUUCCUGCAAGAAGGACACGGAGCGUGAGGUCAUGUCUUAUCUUUCUAAGAAAUACUCCGGCUCCCUGGCUAGGAUAGAGCUCGUGGAGAAGGAAGAUCUGGACCUGCACAAUCAUCUUGUGGGCUUGAAGGGCCGAUAUCUCAAGCUGCUCUUUCGCAAUGUCAAUAAUCUCAUGAAAGUCAGAAGGGAAGUCCAACCAGCCGUGAGGAAAAACAAAGAACGUGAAAAGUCCCAGAAGUUAUUUGAGGACUAUUCCUUGCUUACCGGUGUUGAACAUGGUCAAGGCAGCAAGACAAUCGUUGACCAAAUGGACAACAUCAUUGAUAUUCGAGAGUAUGACGUGCCGUAUCAUGUUCGUGUGGCCAUUGAUCUGAGAAUACACGUGGGCCUCUGGUAUCGUGUCAAAGGCAAUGGUCUCGGUGCACCGACCAUUGAACUACACGAUGAUCCUGAUCGUCCGGAGCCAAUUGUGAUGGCCUUUGACAUUGAGACAACGAAGCUUCCGCUCAAGUUCCCUGACUCAGCUGUAGACCAGAUCAUGAUGAUCUCGUACAUGAUCGACACUCAGGGUUAUCUCAUUACCAACCGAGAGAUCAUCGCGGAGGAUAUUGCCGAUUUUGAGUAUACGCCGACACCGGAGUACGAAGGGCCGUUCAUCGUCAUGAAUGAGGAGAACGAGUUGGCCAUGCUGCAACGUUUCUUUGCACACAUUCAAGAUGUAAAACCUAACAUCAUUGUCACGUACAACGGUGAUUCCUUUGAUUGGCCAUUCGUUGAAGCUCGUGCUGCCCACCAUGGCCUGAAUAUGGAAGAUGAGACCGGAUUUGCUGCUGAUUCCCAGAACGAGUACAAGUGCCGUCACUGCAUUCACAUGGAUGCCUAUCGUUGGGUGAAGCGUGACAGUUACCUUCCUGUGGGAAGUCAGCAUCUGAAGGCUGCCACAAAGGCCAAGCUGCGUUACGACCCGCUUGAGCUCGACCCUGAGGACAUGUGUCGAAUGGCCAGCGAAGACCCACAGGGCUUGUCGAACUACUCUGUGUCAGAUGCGGUGGCUACUUAUUACCUAUACAUGAAGUAUGUGCACCCGUUCAUCUUCGCUCUGUGCACCAUUAUUCCCAUGGAGCCGGAUGAAGUCCUGCGCAAGGGAUCCGGCACUCUGUGUGAAACGCUGCUGAUGGUGCAAGCGUUCAAUGCUAACGUUGUGUUUCCCAACAAGCAAGAGCAGGUCUUCAACAAACUAACUACUGAUGGUCACUUGCUUGAGGGAGAGACGUAUGUCGGUGGUCACGUUGAGGCCUUGGAGUCCGGCGUCUUCCGAAGCGAUAUCCCGUGUCGCUUUCGCAUGGUUCCGGAUGCCUUCCAGAUGCUCAUGGACAGUGUCGAACACACUAUGAAACAUGCUAUCGUCAAGGAGGAGAAGAUUCCAUUGGAGGAAGUCACCAACUUUGACCAGGUCUGCGAUGCUAUUCGUGGUGAGCUGGCAUCACUGCGUGACACACCAAAUCGACUGGAGUGUCCGAUUAUUUACCAUUUGGACGUUGGCGCUAUGUACCCCAACAUCAUUCUUACCAACCGUCUUCAGCCACCGUCGAUGGUAGAUGAAGCAACGUGCGCUGCUUGUGAUUUCAACAAGCCAGGAUCCCAUUGUCAGCGCAAGAUGGAGUGGCAAUGGCGAGGCGACUUCUUACCUGCCAAGCGUAAUGAGUACUAUGCUAUCACGCAGCAGCUGGAGUCUGAAGUCUUGCCACCGUCGGAGCCAGGCGGGCAGCCCAGGAAGUUCCAUCAACUGUCGGCGGCGGAUCAAGCCGCUCUGGUCAAGAGACGGCUAGUCGACUACAGCCGUAAGGCUUACAAGAGAGUGCGAGUCACUCGCCAGGAGUCACGCACCACGACCGUUUGCCAGCGUGAGAACUCCUUCUAUGUGGACACGGUCAGGGCGUUCCGUGAUCGCCGCUACGAGUACAAGGGCCUGCUGAAGUUCUGGAAAAAGAAGUUGGAUGGCGCAAAGGCCAAAUCAGAUGCUGCCGAAGCCAAAAGUUCGAGCAACAAGGUGGUACUGUACGACUCCCUGCAGCUGGCACACAAGUGCAUUCUCAACUCGUUCUAUGGAUACGUCAUGAGAAAGGGAGCACGCUGGCACUCUAUGGAGAUGGCCGGUAUUGUGUGCUAUACAGGUGCCAACAUCAUCACACGGGCCAGAGAGAUCAUCGAGCAAAUUGGACGGCCAUUGGAGUUGGAUACAGAUGGUAUCUGGUGUGUCCUGCCAGCAAGCUUCCCGGAGAACUUUGUGGUGGAGACAAAUAACCCAAAGAAGAGCCAGGUGACGGUGUCGUACCCGUGUGCCAUGUUGAACGUCAUGGUCCAGGACCACUUCACCAACGAUCAAUAUCACAAACUUAUCGAUGGCGAGAGACUCAUCUAUGAAACACACAGCGAGAACUCGAUCUUCUUCGAAGUGGAUGGCCCGUACCGCGCCAUGAUUCUACCGGCUGCCAAAGAAGAAGGCAAGCGCCUGAAAAAGAGAUACGCUGUGUUCAAUGAGGAUGGCUCCUUGGCUGAACUCAAGGGUUUUGAAGUGAAACGUCGCGGUGAGCUGCAGCUGAUCAAGAACUUCCAAUCGUCCGUGUUUGAGGCAUUCUUGCGAGGAUCGACUCUAGAGGAGUGCUAUGCUUCUGUUGCUCAGGUGGCGGAUUUCUGGCUUGACGUGCUUUACAGCCAGGCAGAGAACAUGCCUGACUCGGAGCUGUUUGGCCUAAUCUCGGAGAACCGAAGCAUGUCACGGGCACUAGAGGACUACGGCGAGCAGAAGUCAACGUCCAUUAGUACUGCACGUCGGUUAGCCGAGUUUCUUGGUGACCAGAUGGUGAAAGACAAAGGCCUGAACUGCAAGUUUGUCAUUGCCAGAAAGCCGGAAGGAGCGCCUGUUACUGAACGAGCUAUUCCACUAGCAAUUUUCCAAGCUGAACCCAGUGUUAAGCGGCACUUCCUACGGCGCUGGUUGAAAAAGAACGACUUGAACAGCUUUGACAUUCGGGAUAUUGUUGACUGGCAAUACUACAUUGAACGUCUGAAUAGUGCCAUCCAGAAGAUUGUCACGAUCCCUGCAGCGAUGCAGCAGGUUAGCAACCCCGUACCUCGUGUGCUGCAUCCUGACUGGCUGCACAAACGUCUCAUGGAGAAAAAUGACGUCUUCAAGCAGCAGCGAAUCAGCGAACAUUUCCGGCCAGCACCAAAGAAGCGACCCAGACCACCGUCUCCAAGCGCAGUGCGAGAGGAGGAUGAGAACUCGCCACCGGUUGACAUGGAGGACAUGAUGAGCACAUCAAACUCCAGCACGACUAUGUCACGGCCGACGGCGACAGCUGCGUCCGGCGCUAGCAAACGAGCGCGUUUGAAUGUGCCCCGGAGACCGAAUCACGAUGAACCGCCGCUCUCUUGGCGCGAGGCUCUCGGCCCUCCACCAGAGAGAGGCAGUUCUGCGGAAUCGAAACGUGAGUGGCUGCGUUACCACAAAGAGAAGUGGCGCCUGCAGUUAGCGGCACGCCAAGCCAAGAAGACUCAGCAGCAGGCCGGUGCGAACGGAAGAGGUCCCCCCGGCCUGGAUUUGCAGGCCAUCCGCCGCAGUGCCACCACUGGUGCCAGCACGGAUCUGGCCACUUUCUUCCGCCAUCGCAACAUCCAGCUGCUGACCACGCCUUGGCAGAUUGUGCAGUUCGCAGAAACUUCCGUGCCGGGUCAGUUCAAAGCCUGGGCCCUAGUUGAUAACGAACUGUUUGCUCUCAAGGUGAAUGUCCCGCGCAUCUUCUUCGUCAACUCUAGGCAGCAGCGUGACCUGAGCAGUUCUGGUGUCCGUCGAGUUACCCGCUCCUUGCCCCGCUCCUGUCCUGUCUUCCACCUGUACGAGUACACAUUCCCGGAGGAGAUCUACCGGCAGCAUUUGGGGCGACUGACGGCCGAGUUGUCCAAUCCUAAUAUUGAAGGCUCAUACGAAACCCAGAUUCCAUUGCUGCUGAGGGCAAUUCUCCGUCUUGGCUGCGUUUGUGCUGUCCAGUCAUCUGUGGCUCGACACUUGGCCGAGGGUGAAUUGGACACGUUUGACGUGCAGUAUCUGGAGUUUAAGAACCUAGCUGAGUGCUCCUACCUGGAACCUGGUGCCAUGAAGACAUUGUACCUGAUCCAUAUGAUCCUGCCAGGGAAUCGUGCCAUGUUUGUUCUCUUCAGCCAGGCAACAAAGAAGGCAUCCGUGUUCAUUGUGGACUCAUCUCGUACGAAUCGUCUCCCCAACCUUGGCAACAUGUACCAGUCCCAACUGACCGAGAAAUCUCGUCAGUGUGAAGAGGAAGGGCUGGAUGUGUCGCUGUUGCCGCCGAAGACGUGCGAAUUUGACAAUCGUGUCGAUGCCACAGUUCAGCCGGCAUUCCGCACAUUGCAGCGCACUCUGCGCGACUACAAGCAAGGUGGCCACGGUCCUACUCUCCUGAUUGUCUCCUCACCAUGGUCAAUCAACAAGCUGAGCAAUGAUGUCAGUAUGCUGCAAGAGUUCCCAGUUAUCAGCAAGCCUGCCGUAGAACUAGAGACGACUUUCAUCAACCUGCUGGACUGGCAGAGGCAGCUGAGCCGUGUUGCUAUACAUGACUACAUGGGUGUGGAGAUGUGGCUCUCGACACUCUUGCACCAGGCACGCUACACGCACGUUCCGGUCGGAAACUUGCCCAAGGACAUUCCGCUGUUUGCAAGCGAUGUGUUCUACGCGCGGCACUUGUUGAAGCAGAACCACUUGCUCUGGGUGUCGGAGAGUGCUCGGCCAGACCUCGGCGGCAAAGAAGAGGAUGACAAUCGCCUGAUGGUCGGUGACAUGUUCGGUACUAAUGUCGGCACGAGUGGCCUAGAGAUCAACCAUCCAGCCUACUACCAGACUGUCUGCGUGGAGUUGACGCUGGACAGCUUAGCUGUGAACACUGUUCUGCAGUUCAAUCAUCUGAACGAGCUUGAUGGAGGACCAACGAGCAGUGUAGUUAGUUUGGACACGGCGCCGCAGUCAUCACUGGAGGAUAUGAUGACAGGUGGUGCCGGGUCGUCCGUGUCCGCCUACGACGAGUCUGCACAGUGUUUCAGUUCCUUCCGAAUCCUACGCUCCAUGAUCCACAGCUGGCUGCAUGAGGUCUCAUCCUUCCAGAACCCAAUGGCCGACCAGCAGCUGCAGCACUUCUACCGUUGGCUGCGAUCACCGGAUGCAUUGCUUCAUGACCCGGCGCUAUGCCGUGUUGUGCAUGGUUUGAUGAAGAAGUACUUUCUCCAGCUAAUUGCCGAGUUCAAGCGUUUAGGAUCCACCAUCGUGUUUGCCUCUUUCAGCCGGAUCAUUAUCUGUACAAAGAAGAAACGACUGGGAGAUGCUUUUGCCUAUGUCCAGUACGUGGUGAACAGUAUCCAGUCACGGGACCUGUUCCAGCAUCUUGGCAUUGAGCUAUCUGCAUGCUGGCAACACCUAUUAUGGAUGGACCAGUCUAACUAUGCUGGUAUCUGUGGCCGCAUGCCCAAGCCACUUGAAAUGAGCGCUGACAGUCCAGAUGGGCAUGGACAUGACAUGGAUGAUGAGCAGCCAUCAACGCCAACUGGCAGUGAUAAUGAGGAUGAGGCGGCACAGGAGAAAGCCGAUGUGCUAGAUUUCCACUGGGACAUCAGUACCUACCUGCCAACGGCGGCUUCUUGCCAGAAGAACUUCUUGGCUAUCAUCGGUGGCCAUGUGCGUGCUGUCUACCAGCAUGCCAUGGAGGAGAACAUGAUCAUGUCGUCUGGCAUGACACCCGUGCGCCGUCGUGGCAACAGCAGUCAGAGCCAGGUUGCCAGUGACACUGCGGCAACAGCUAGUGUUGUGACCUUCUCGCAGGAGAGAGUCGCCGGUCCACUGACAAACACGAUGUUCUCGCUGACACAGGGAAUCUUGCACAAGCUUGGUUCUGGCAGCAAGAGCACGGAUAGCAACUCGCUGUUCCCCCAGCACGCUGGCUCUCACUUGACGCUUCAGAACCCGUCGCUGGAAUUCGUCAAAUCCGUAUGCCAUGUCCUGGCAUUGGACCCAAACAUCCGCCAUCAAGUAGCCAAACUACGGCGUGAUCUGCUGACAUUGAUCAAGUGUGGAGAGUUCAACAGGGAUGCCGGAUUCCUCAACCCAUGCCUGUCAUUUGUCUUGCCGGAGGUGAUUUGUCAGCACUGUAACGGUGUACGUGACCUGGAUCUGUGUCGCGAUGUCACCAAGACGGAUGAUGAAAGCGAUGAUGGUCUCUGGAAGUGCCAUAACUGCGGCCGGCCGUAUGAGAAGGCACACAUCGAGCACACACUCAUCGAUAACAUUCAGAAGUUUUCAACAAACUAUCUCCUCCAGGACUUGGUGUGCGUAAAGUGCAGAGGGGUCAAGGAGGGCAACUUGGCCAAAGUCUGCUCCUGUGCUGGAUCAUUCAAGCUGACUGUUUCGCCGGACGCGUUUGCAAGUAAAAUCAAGACCUUCCGCAACAUUGCUAGCCACUUCAAGAUGCACCUCCUAACGGAUGUCAUGACGUGGAUCGAAACCAGCAAUCCUCACCUGGUCGUCUCAAGGUAGAGCAGGCUCGCGUUUGAUCCUGAUGUUUCUCACUUCUUCUGCUAGUUUCUUGUAUUUUCUUCACACUCUCUACUACCUAUCCUGUUCUCGGUACUGGCUGGUGUCCCAACACCUGGGAAUUCGGUAACCUGUUGUGCUGGAUGCAGACUUCCUGCUGCACAUUCUGCCAGUUCAUAUUGUACAUAGUCGACUUGAUUGAUGUCAUGCUUUGUUUGGCGCGACAACUGCACUUUGUAUUGUGUUGUCUUUUCUCGUGUUACUCAUAUUCUUUAUUUCUACUUCAAGUACAGUUUACCCUGUUGUCAUUUUGAGAAUUAUACUCUUUUAGAUCCAUUUUUUAUUCGGGUCAGGCGCCUACUGCCCCAAAUGGUUAGUUCUUUCAUCUGGUACCCUGUUUCCCUGUACCGUUUUUUACCGUAUGUUUCGUCAGUUUAACUUCUAGCAUGCACGCUGGGCCUCUGCCUCUCUUAGCUGCUGAUGCAGCAAUGGACGUGUUCCACUCUUUCUGACCCAGCGGACCUACUGCCUGCCAGGGCGCCUGCUCAUUUCAGUGCUUUCUCUUAUGUAAAUGCCUUCUUCAAUGACCGCAGAUGUGCUACAUUUUGUAAAAAAUUUCAUGAUUGUACUCUA